AUGCAACUGGGUGGACUACGUGCAGAACAACGAGACGAAGGACCGCAAGACCAGGCUCUCAACUUGAAGAACUACUCGUUUGGAUUUCUAACUCGCCGAAGACAAUUGUUUGUUGCAACUUUGAAAGUUCUUGUUUACCGCAUUACUGGAUAAAUUUUUGAUUAAAAACAAAUAAUUAAAUUAUUAGUUGAUUGGGCAAAAAGAUAUUCACUUCAAAGGUUUUAUACGUCUCUGGGAAACACAACUUGAUAAGUCAAUAAAAAACUUGAAAUUGUUAAAAAAUUACUUGCGAAACCCUAAUAUCGACUUCCGUGGCAUCCUCCUUACUGUCUGUUUUUAUUUUCCAACAACCGAUUCAAAUUCUCCCAGACCAUCUUCCCUCGAAAUAAUCAAACAACGUCAUUUUUCUCGUGAAAAAAGAGGCCAUAAAAGGGAGACAUGGAUCGGUGUGAAAUUUGUGGAAAAUUUUAUUUUUAAUCGAUUUCUUGAAUGUGUAUAUUCUCUUUGCAAAACUUCUAUGUUUUCUGACAUUUUUUCAAACAUUCUUUUCACUCUAAAAACUUCUCACCUCAAAAAUUUGUAAAAAGCGUUAAAAUGUUUUUGGUUUUUCCUUUCUUUGAGAUUAAACUCCAUCUUAUUUUGGAAGGAAUUUUUUUUUAAGGUAAUGUGCUUCACCAUGUGCACACAGGCUGUUUAUGCCCUAUUGAUGUUUGCUGUAUUAGUUCUUACAGUAGCCGCAAUGGUCACGCCAGGUAAGAGUACCUCUGAUUUAUAUAAUUUGCUGGAUCUCCUUUGGGGGAGAAAAGUCGAACGCUCAAAAAACCGCUACGUGACCGCGACGCAGUCUCUUAUUUUUUUUUAGCACAUUCGCAAACUUUAAAAUAGUGAACCGAAUAAACGGCAAUUUUUACUUGUAAAAAAAAAAACCACGAAUAACGCUUCUAUCAAAAUCGUUUUUUUCCAGGAUGGCGGAAACUUCAAACAACUUUGGAAGAAGAUAUCCAGCUUCUUGAAGUUCCUAGAGUCCAAGGUUUUGAAUUUUCGUCUACUUAAGAGUAUUUUUCCGUCUCAGGAAUCUUACCAAUCGCAUGUUCGUUUCCUGGGUCGAACAGUACGGUAACCAACUAUGAUUCCGACAAUUAUUGCAGAAAAUGGUGGAGUGUAGGCGAUUCUAUUUUUCGCACGAACAUGAAAUGAUUUGAAUUCAGAACCUCCAGGGAUGGGAAAGAGCCGUUACGGCAAGUAUGAUCGUUGCCGUAAUUCUGGAAGCGAUUGCUUUGACCUGGAAUUGUUUUGCAUGGUUCGAAUCUUUAUUUUGAACCAUAAUAGUAGCAUUUCCCAAAAAAAGUUAGCUUUAUUUAUGAACAAAUUGUGAAAAAUUCAUUUUUGCGAAGUUGAACCUUCAUCAACCACAUUAAAAAAGAAGUUUAUGUGGGGAAGAUUUUUCAUUUAGGUUAAAAACCGGUUUUAGAUGUAAUAAUUUUGACCUCAUUCUUACAUCUCUUCUUUGAGCCUUUUCAAUUGAAUCUAACUUUUCCGUUGUUCUUAUUAAGAAGAGCAAUUUUGCUCAGGCUUUUCAAAACCGUGAGGGUAACUUGAAAAAGUUCAGAGAAUAUCUCUAGAAGGUACAAACGCCAUAGUUUUUCAGGUGCACUUGCUGUUUCAAAAAGUACCUUCUGCACCCGCUUUCACCUCUUUCCUUCGCUAUCUCAGUGUUUCUUGCCAUCGCUAUAUCAAUCUACGCAAUGCAUACACCCAAUCUAGGUUUGCCCAGUUUUUAAAGUUUGAAAAGCUUUUUCAGAACAUGUUAGCACUUUGGCUUCGCGCUCUGUAGAUGUCAAAUCGCAGGUGAAGAACAACUCCUUUGAAAUUAUAAUUACUUUUUUUAUCACUUUCAGGUGAGCUACUCGUUCUGGUUGGCCGUCGGAGCUUUGAUUCUCGCUGUUACGGAUACACUGAUCGCCAGUAUGGCAAUUUUCCUCGGAAAGCACGGCGUCUGA